AUGGCAGAAAUGGAAAAUAAAAACAAAAUGCUUCGGGACCAAAUGAGAGAGCACCAAGAGAGAGUUGACAAAAUACCAGGUGCCCCAAAACUCUUCCCGAAAAGAGAUGUUAGUCGGUUCUUUGAACAGCCCUACGGUGAUGAAGCUGCCCCACAUGCCAUACCCAAGACCUUCAAGAUGCCGCCAUAUCUGAAGAUAUACGACAGUACGACCGACCCAGAAGAUCAUGUGACUCACUGUGUCACCGUGGUAAAGGGUAAUGAUCUCGCUAAAGAACAGGUAUCCUCCAUCUUGUUGAAAACGUUUGGCGAAACCCUCACCGGAGGAGCAUUAACUUGGUACUUGCAACUGCCUGCACGCUCCAUUGAAACAUUCGAAGAGAUGGCCGAUAAGUUUGUAACAGCCCAAGCUAGGGCCAAAAAGGCGGAGGCAAGAGUGAACGAUAUAUUUGCCAUCAAACAAUCGGCCAGAGGAGGGUUGAGGGACUUCCUCACUCGUUUCAGCCGAGUAAGGAUGACCUUACCUAACGUAUUAGAAGGCAUGGCUGUAGCAUCUUUCCAAAUUGGGCUGAACAGGAACGGUUCGAGGUCGACCAGAAAAUUAUUGAGUCGGCUUAUAAAAUAUCUUCCAACCACUUGGGACGAAAUACACAACGCCUAUUGUGCCGAGGUCCAUGAUGACGAAGACGACUUGAAUGGGCCAAUCCAACGAUUGACCUCGGUACAGGCCGAAUCCAGGAAGGAUCGAAGAAAUGAUGCCAAGAAAGAUAUUACAGCCCCUCGACCUAUCAGAGAAAGACAUCAGCCAUAUAUCAUAAACGCCAUCAUGCCCCAUUCCCGCUACGAAGAGGGCCCAUCUAGGCCAAGGACAAGGACUCACCGGAAUGAGAGAGGUAUGCCUCCCUUAUUAUCCGCUCAUAACUUUUGUGUGUCACCCUCAAAAAUAGUCUACGCACUGGAGAAGCUCGGACCAAAAGUGAAGUGGCCACAGAAGAUGAGGUCAGACCCGAGCACUAGAAAGUCAAAAGUCCUCUGCGAGUUCCAUCAAGAGCGAGGUCAUAAAACUGAGGAUUGCAUCGAUCUAAGGCAGGAGGUCGUAAACAUGCUUCACCAAGGACACCUCAAAGAAUUGCUCAGUGACCGAGGGAGGACUAACUUUGCCCAAGGACGUGAACACCAGGGACCGCCAAAACCACUAUGA